AUGACGUCGAGUAAUGAAGUAAAGGUGCUUGUUUGUGGCGAUGUCGAUGGUCAGUUCGAGACUUUAUGGGUACGCUUGGAGCAGGCUCUAAAGAAGGUUGGCUUCUUUGAAAUGAUGUUCGUGUGUGGAGAAUUUUUUGGCGCUAACCAUAACGAGAAUCAGCGCAUUUUCAGGGGCGAAUUGCGAUGCCCUUUGCCUACGUAUAUUUUAGGACCGAUCAAGCCUGAUCGUAAGCGAUAUUACUGUAAUGUCGCAGGUGAACUGCUGUCCCACAAUCUAACCUUUCUUGGAGAAAAGGGUAUUUUCUACACUGCUUCAGGACUAAGCGUAGCUUAUUUGAGCGGAACAGAGGGUGAAUACAUGGACAUAUGUCAUUAUUCACGGGAAGUAGUUGAUGAGUUAAUCGCCAGCAUCACCUGUCAGCCAGACUUUGUGGGAGUAGACAUCUUGCUGACCAGGCUCAUAUCAAAACUUGUUGGAGCUCUGAAGCCCAGAUAUCAUUUUGCUGCUAACACGGGCUGUCACUAUGAACGCCCUCCAUACAGAAACCAUAAUCCUCAACAAGAAGGUGCUCAGCAUACGUCUAGAUUUGUUGGCCUUGCACGGGUGGGCAAUCCUCAAAAGUUGAAGUAUCUCUAUGCAUUCCAUAUCGUUCCGAUGCGUUACCUGUCACGUACGCGUCUGACCGAACAGCCGCCGAAUGCGACAGAAUUUCCCUACACCGAGGCUAUUCAAGAAGUCGAGCAGCAAGCUGUUUUGAAACAGUCCGCGAAGGACGAAAAGCUUUCAAGCAUUAUGCAGUUGUUACCAAAGUUGGAUGCCAGUGAUGUAUCGACGACAGUACCGGAGCAGGACUUAAGCAGAAAGAGUCGCAAACGGCAUCAUAAGAAAGAGCCUGAUUACUUACACAAGCAUGCCCUUCCUGGCCCUUGUUGGUUUUGCCUGUCCAGUCCAGAAGUGGAGAAACACAUGAUCGUAUCUAUUGGCGAAAACGCUUAUUUGGCAUUAGCGAAGGGUGGCUUGUGUGAAGAUCAUUUUUUGAUAUUGCCAAUUGCCCAUGUGCAGUCGAUGGUGACGGCGAAUGAAGAGGUUAAGGAAGAGGUAGAGAAAUACAAGGAAGCGCUGAAAAGGUGUUUUUCUGACAAGGGCCAAUGCGUCGUAUUUUUUGAGCGCAACUACCGAACCCAGCACCUCCAAAUCCAAGCGGUGCCACUACCGAUGGAACUGAUUCACGCCAUUAAACCGUGUUUUACUCAGACAGCGCAGAAAUACGAUAUUCAGUUGACGGAGCUGCCAGACAACGUAACGUUUUCUGACCUUGUCAACGAGAAGACGCCGUAUUUCACGGCCGAACUGCCGUACGGCCAACGGCUGUUCACGACAGUGGACAAAAAUUUUCCUUUACAGUUCGGACGUGAGGUGCUGGCUUCGGCACAACUGCUGAACUUGCCGGACAAAGUCGACUGGCACAACUGCAAGCUGACUACUGUCGAGGAAACACAGCUAGCGCUUAAGUUUCGCCAGUGUUUCUGCAAAUAUGAUUUCAAUGAUUGCUGA